AUGGUGAGCGGCUAAGAUGACGCUGAAUUUUGCAGCAAUGGCUGUACCCUUCGGAUGCAAGCCUCUUCUGAGGCCCAUGUGCUUAGCUUCCAACGUCAACACGGAGGACCUCCGUUCCCAACUCGACCAACUCCAUGCCGAAGCAGAGACCACCCGAGCCAAAGCAAGCAAUGCUAGAUUGAGACUUUUGCGCUUGUCAGAAGCCGCUGAGAAGCUCCGGCGGCAGGCUUCUAUUAGUGUCCAGAAGGGAAUGGAAAAUGAUGCGAGGGAACUGCUUUUUCAGAAGAAGAAAGUUAUGCAAGCUUUGGACAAGUCCAAGAGUCGCAUUGAGGUGUUGGACAAGCUUUCUGCAAAGCUUAAUGAGGCAAUAUCUGCUAAAGAAACCCAAUUGAUUGAGAGUAUUGCUUCAGAUCUUGAAGGCAGUGGAGAAGAUGUAUCCAACCCAAUUCGGAUCAUAUCUCCACAGCCAAAGGUUUCAAAAGAUGAAAAUAAAGAUACUGAAUUUGGCUGCAAUGACUUGAUCAUCAGCAAAGAUCAAAAUGUGAAAUUCUACCAAGAUGGACAGCUGAACCAAACUGUUGAUGAGGAGUUGGCAGAGGGUAAAGCAUCUUCAAUUGCCACCCCUUACAAUGAAGAUAACAUGAUCAGUAGCUCAACAACAGUAUCCUCCUGUGAGGACUUCUUGGAACAUUUAGAUCAGCAGCUCCAGAAAAUUGAACAAGAACUUAUUGCAAUUUUAAAUGUUUCUACAUUGGUGCUGGAUAAUGGGGAGAAGCCAAAAAAUUUGAAGGUUCAGCAAACAACGGAGCUUCUUGAUGGUAUUCUUCACUUAAGACAGAGAAUCACAAAUAUCAGGCAGACAAAGAUUCAAACCAGUUAAGGCUUCCCUAUAUCGCAGUCAGGUUUCUGCUGCCAGACUAGCAUAUUAUUUUAACUUUUAGUGUCAUUUAUUUGUAUUGAAUAUUUUAUUCGAAAAAAUAAUUCUCAAGAUGAAGUGCAAAUGAGCUUUUGGCUGGAUAAAUUCAAUGGAACACAGGAGCAAAGAAUGUUAUGUUUAAUUUCAAAAUAAGUUUCUUCCUUACAAUAAAACACUGGUUAGAUG